ACACUUUGGCUUUCGCACAGCAUGCACAUUUGAGGCAGAGAUGUCAGAAAUAAGAAGCUGGGUGUUUUGGAGGGCUGUGGCUGCAGAAUUUGUCGGUAUGUUGCUGUUCAUAUUCAUUGGUAUAUCUGCUAUCGUUGGGAAAGAUAAGAAUGAGGUUCCCGGGGAGAGCAUUGCUCAGGAGCUGAAGGUGUCACUGGCCUUUGCGCUGGCCAUCGCCACUCUGGCUCAGAGCGUGGGCCACAUCAGUGGAGCACACCUGAACCCUGCAGUCACUCUGGGCCUGCUGGUCAGCUGCCAGAUCAGUGCCCUCAGAUGCUUGUGCUACACCCUGGCUCAGAUGCUCGGGGCAGUUGCAGCAAGUGCUAUUGUGAAUGGAUACAGCCGCCAACACUCCCUUGGUGUUAACAAGCUAAAUGUGACUAUAGAACAAGGCUUUGUCAUUGAGACCCUGGCCACCCUUCAGCUGGUUCUGUGUGUGAUCGCUGUGACUGAUAAGCGACGGAGUGACGUCAAAGGCUUUGCACCACUGGCCAUUGGGCUGUCAGUGGGACUCGGGCACUUUGCAGCUAUAAGUUUCACUGGAUGUGGUAUCAAUCCUGCUCGCUCCUUUGGACCAGCUUUGAUACGUGGUGAAAUGGAAAACCACUGGGUGUACUGGCUGGGCCCAAUGUGCGGAGGAAUAGCAGCAUCUCUUAUCUACGAUUUCCUUCUGUAUCCACGUUCGGCAAACCUCAGAACACGCAAGAACGUCCUGCUCCACGGUCCAGAGGAUGAAAAUGAUGCAGUUGAAGAAACUGCAGAGGACAACGGCAGCCCAGGGCCAAGUCGGUGGCCACCACAGUGAACAGUAUGCAACAUUUUAGCUUUUCUAUCUUUCGGCACAUUAACAAAUGAUUUACAAAUAUGCUUUAAAAAUGGCUAUGAAUUACAUUUUUAGGUUGCAAUGAAUGUUGUCUUUAUAUUAUAUGUUUUUAAACCAAUACAUAUCUGACAAUAAAGAUCCUUUUUUCCAUUCA